AACUGCGCUGCAUUGUAUGGCAUCUAUGUUACAAAUCUCUUCAAAUAGUAAAUAACUGUUCAAAUACUUGUCGUGUCUGGUUUUAGCAUUUCAGAACGGACACAGCAACACAAAGGAUUAAAGUUUGCAUAUUUUAGAUAUUUUAAAGGAAAAAAAAGGUUCUUUGCUAUCUGAUCCAUAAAUUAUUUGCAUUCAUAGUCGAUUGAUUAAACAAUUAUUUUCGUAGCGAAAAAUGAUAUCAGAAGAAGACUAUACGGUUGAGGAGAAAGAAGCGAUUGAAAAGCUAAGAGAGAAAAUACCAAAGGACCAAGAAAGAGAUUUAUACGAUGACACUUACAGGCUUUAUUUGUUUCUCAAAGAUCACAAUUUUAACAUUACUGAAGCUGAAAAUAUGCUUACAAAGAUGUUGAAAUGGAGACAGAAAGUGCAAAUAAAUAAAAUUCAGGAAUUUAAACCACCAGAGGUGGUCGAAAAAUAUUUUGAGAAGAACUUGAUUGGUUUCGCCAAGAAUGGUGCACCUGUACAUUAUUUACCUUUAGGAAAAUUUGAUAGCAAAGGUAUAAUUAUGUCCACAAAGCAUGCUGAAUUAGAAAAGAUAUAUGUAAGGAUGUUAGAAAAAGACAUAGUGUUACUUAGAAAAUUAAAGAAACCGCCAAAAGAAUCUUACCCCGGAGGUAUAUAUAUUUAUGACAUGGAUCAGCUAACAUUUGCAAAUGCGACGGAUAAAAAAGCUAUUGAAUACAUGAUAAAAUAUUUUAAAGUAUGUCAAGACUUCUAUCCGGGUAUGAUAGAUGUUAUGUAUGUUAUUAAUAUUUCCUCUUAUUUCAUGAUUCCUCUGUCGAUUGCAAAAAGUUGCUUGUCUGCCGAUUUCAUAAGUUUAGUGCAGUUUCAUGGGACAGAUGGUUGGAGAGAGGAACUGCUGAAAAUAAUUGAUGACGACCAACUUCCGGCCUUUUUAGGAGGAAAAAGAACAGAUCCAGAUGGAAAUCCACUUUGCAAAACUAUCGUUGUUCAAGGUGGCAAAAUAGAUGAAAAGCACUACAUUCACAAAAGUAAAAGUUCACUAGUAAAUGCCCCAGGAGUUGAAAAGAUUACUCUGGCUCGGGCGUCUUUCUCAGAAAUCGAACUGGAAGUCAACGAAGACGGUAGUCUCAUCGAAUGGGAAUUCGAAACGAAAACCAGAGACAUUGGAUUCGGACUUUUUUAUAAAGAGAUUGUAAGCGGAGAAGAGAAAAUCACAGAAUUAGUGCCCUUAUUAAGAAUUGAUACUGAAGAUUAUUCGGAAACAGGAGUGUACAGAUGUGAAAGAGCAGGAACAUAUGUAGUUUUAUUUGAUAACUCAUACAGUUGGCUCAGAUCAAAAGAAAUCUAUUAUAGAAUAAAGAUUGUGAAUUCCGAAAAAAUGGAGAAAGAGACACAGAAUUAACAUCAACAUCCAUUAGAAUUACCAAUGAAAGGAUGGUAAUAAAUUUUAUAGCUGUAUAUUUUUAACCAAAAAUUAUUUCUAAAUAUCAAUGUAAGAAUAAUAAAAAAUAUUUCAGUAAAACA